CUAUUUUAUUUAUGUUCACUUCAUAAUAUCAUUAAUUUCAUACCAUUUCAUUUUAGUUUUUGUUUUAUCAUCAAGAGUCAAAAGUAGGUAUCCACUAUGUUGCCUUUGCCCGACCAAUUGGUAUCAUAAAAUCUGUGCCUGAUCAGAUUAAAAGUUUGAUCUAUGCGCGUUACACUCGUUAGGUAAAAGUUCAAAGUUCUGAAAUAAUUACUUUACGCAUGUUUUGUUAUUUGAAAAUAUAAAUGCUCAUUUAAAAUUUUGGUAUUAAAAACAAUAACUGAUAAAUUAUCACAAUGUUUAUGCCUUUCUCUAAAACCAUUCAAGCUUUAGGUCAAUCAGUCACUAGACAUACAAGAUGCAUCGCUUCUUUAUCAGCAUUAUCUGAAGAUUAUCAGAUGUUGCAAAAAACAUGCCGUGAUUUUGCGGAAGGCGAACUUAAGCCCAAUGCUGCUAAAUACGAUCGAGAUCAUUUAUAUCCCGGAGAAGCAAUUAAAAAAUUAGGAGAACUAGGCUUAAUGGCUAUAGCGGUACCGGAAAAAUGGGGAGGUGCAGGCUUAGACUAUUUAGCAUACGCUAUAGCUCUCGAAGAGAUAUCCAGAGGUUGUGCUUCAGCUGGUGUUAUAAUGUCAGUGAAUAACUCCUUAUAUCUUGGACCGCUGUCUCAUUGGGGCACUGACAAACAAAAAGAACAGUUUGUAACUCCUUUUUGUACUGGUGAUCCUGUGGGCUGCUUUGCUCUAUCAGAACCCGGUAAUGGAUCAGAUGCAGGAGCCGCCUCCACUACAGCAAAAGAUGCGGGUGACAAGUGGAUUCUGAAUGGAACUAAAUGUUGGAUUACCAAUGGAUACGAGAGCAAAGCAUCAGUAGUUUUUGCUACAACUGAUAAGAGUUUAAAACAUAAAGGUAUUUCAGCAUUUGUAGUUCCAAAACCUAUAAAGGGUCUUGAAUUAGGGAAAAAAGAAGAUAAACUAGGUAUAAGGGGGAGUUCAACUUGCUCCCUGAUAUAUGAAGACUGUGAAAUUCCCAAAGAGAACAUCCUGGGUGAACCGGGGUUUGGAUUCAAGAUAGCUAUGAUGACUCUAGAUGCGGGGAGAAUUGGUAUUGCUUCACAAGCUUUAGGUAUAGCUCAGGCUUCACUGGAUGUGGCAAUAGAAUAUGCUUCGAAACGCAUUGCUUUUGGCAAACCAAUAUUGAAAUUGCAAGCUAUUCAAAAUAAAUUAGCUGAAAUGGCGCUCCGUCUUGAAUCUGCACGCUUGCUUACAUGGCGAGCGGCCUGGCUGAAGGACAACAAAAAUCCCUAUACUAAGGAGGCAGCAAUGGCCAAGUUGGCUGCAUCAGAGGCUGCUACGUUUUUAUCACACCAAUGUAUCCAGAUUCUUGGAGGAAUGGGUUAUGUAUCAGAUAUGCCAGCAGAACGACAUUACCGCGACGCUCGCAUCACUGAGAUUUACGAGGGCACCAGCGAAAUACAAAGACUGGUUAUAGCAGGACAACUGAUCAAGGAAUACGGACUGAAUUAGAAACAUUGGCCUUAUGGACUACAUUAAUCUAAGAUCAACGUGAAUGCCAUCACCUCCUACCUUGAAAUAUGAGAUCGAAAUCUCAAUUGUAUUGUAUAAAGGCUGAUCGUUCAUUUAAGUUGUAAGGCAAGACCCCUUAAACAAAUAGUGGUAGUAUAUAUCGACGCUUGAAAGGCAAAAGUGACUAAGCGACAAUAACUGCUUUGUACAUAAAUGAUAGGCAAUAACCAUAUUCGAUGCGCAAAAAAAAUAUAUUUCAAGGUCUAUUAAAAUCAUUUCAAUCCUACAGCUACUAGCUAGAUUCGUUAAAAUAAAUUUUGUUUUCAGGUAUUUCAACUUUAAAUUAGUCUACUGUAAAGUUCACGCGUUGUCGCUUAGUCAUGUUAGCCUUUCAAGCGUCGAUAUCCAUCCAUAGUAAUACUCAAAAAACCUAGAUAAAAUACAUAAGAUCGAAAGUAGCACUAAUUGCAUUCGCUAGAUGACGUUGUUUAAUUUUUGGGAAAAGAACAAAAUGUAAUAGACAUAUAAAACUGUUUAAAGGAAAUUUCAUAAAAUGCAACAAUUGACUAUGUAAAAUUACUUUUGUGUUCCUGUUUUAUCUAAUAUUUGUCUAAUAUUUUGCAAAUAUCUAUGAACUUACUUAUUGAAAAUAGAUCUCAAAUAUUAAUCUUGAGUGCAUCUUAUCAAUAUUGUAUAAAACUCAUAGUUCAAAUUGUGAAUUUUCAAGUAAAUAAAUAUCAAUAGUUAUUAUUCAAAAAUAGAUAAUUGAUAAGUAUCUCAAAGUGCUCUAAUCAUAGAUAGUAUAAUAAUAUUUUAUAAGGCUUAUUAUCAGAUACCAACAUAUCUUACAAUAUCAAUUUUUUAGUUUAUAAUGUUUUUAUAAAUGUCAUUUAUAUUUAAAUGAAAACUUUGAUCACAUAUUUAUUAUCAUUUACAUCAGCAUUAUACACUUGAGUAUUAAAAUAAAUUACAUUUUUAUAUGUAUUAACAAA